AUGUCGACCGAUCUGAAAAAGUCUCUCAAUGAGGAUGGGGUCGUUAGUCCAGGGGACCAUGGCGGGCCGAGCCACAACACGGUGGACAAGGCGGUCUUUCGUCGAGCUCUGAUGAAGCUGGACCUCUUCCUGCUACCAGCAGUGACCUUCAUCUACUUUCUGAACUUUCUGGACAGGUCCAACAUCGGGAAUGCGCGACCAGCAGGACUACAGACCGACCUGGGUCUGUCAAACACACAGUACUCGAUCGUACUCACGGUGACUUACGUUCCGUACAUCGCCGCUGAGCUCCCCUUGACGCUCGCGAUGAAGUGGAUCGGUCCCAACAUCCUCAUUCCUGCUCUUGUCGUCUCCUGGGGAAUCGUCACGACCUUCCAAGGCUUCGUGUCAAGCUACGAGGGUCUCCUCGCUACCCGCUUCUUCCUUGGUCUCACAGAAGGUGCCAUCCUACCAAGCUCCAUCGCCUACAUGUCGACCUUCUACUGCCGAGCCGAUUUAGGCAAGCGCGUCGCCGUCUUCUUCUCGGCCACAUCUCUCGCUGGAGCGUUCUCUGGUCUCCUCGCGGCCGCUCUGCUGAACAUGGAGGGAUUAGGAGGCAAGAGAGGGUGGCAAGAAGGACUCAUCACGGUCGUGUACGGUGCCAUCGCGUUCUUCAUCCUUCCGCGGGAUGUACGAACAGCUCGAUACCUCAACUCUGCCGAGAAGGAGGCCAUUCUCCUGGCGCACGAGACCGACCGACAGAUGACCGAGGACCGAGAGGCAUUCAGCUGGUCCGGAUGCUUCAGCGCGUGCAAGGAGCCUCAGACCUGGUUCAUGUUCCUGCAAUUCUUCUGCAGUGGAGGCACGUCUUACCGUAGCUGUCAGCGGGGAGGUCAAGCUGAUCUCUCAGUCAUGCUGUACGCCCUCGCUUUCUUCGCUCCAACUAUCGUUCAGGCUAUCGGCUACCGCGGCACCGCGAUCCAGCUGUACUCGGUCCCACCGUACGCCUGCUCCGCAUUCGUUGCCAUUGCUGCCUGCUGGACGUCCGACUAUCUCAAGCAUCGCGGAUCAUUCGUUAUACUCGCUUCCGUCAUAUCGCUUGCUGGAUACGCAAUGUACUAUACCAGCACUAACACGAAUGUGCUCUACGCGAGUCUAUUCUUGCAGGUCAUCGGGGCGUACACUGUCGCACCGAUGCAAAGUGUCUGGAUGGCCAACAACCUCGAUCCCUUCUAUCGCAGGAGCACGGCCAUCUGUCUCGGCUUUAUUAGCACCAACUCGGGCGGUAUCCUGUCAACGUGGAUGUUCCCUACUACUGAAUCACCUCGAUUCCAGCGCGGUACCUCUAUCCUCCUUGGUGUAUCGGCGGCACAGGCUGUAUUCGCCGCGAUGAACACCGCGUACUUGCACUUCCAGAACAAGAAGAAGGAGCGGCUGUUGGCGGAGAGAGCGCAGGGUAGCGGGGCGGAGGUUUAUGAUGGGACUGGUAACAGGAGUCUGGGGUUCAAAUACAUCACAUGA